UUGAUUGUAAGUAAUGUAAGACAUAAGAAAGAAUUCUAAAACCAGAAAAUUAUCUUCUCUCAUUCUCACAUUCUCAUAUUCUAGCUUAUCUCUACACAAAUCUCUACACUUUGUUUGGCAGGUGAUCCAUUUAAAAUGGGGCUUCUCAAGGGUCUUCCAAAUGCACAGGAGAGAUUAAGAUUGUUUGAAGCAGACAUAUAUAAUCCUUAUGAGUUUGAGCCAGCAAUCCAAGGCUGCAAAUAUAUCUUCCAUUUGGCUACCCCCUUGCAGCAUGAGCCCAAGGACACUCAGUUCAAAAACACUUCCGAGGCUGCAGUUUCUGGGCUUAACAGCAUAGUGAGGUCUUGCAUCAAAUCAGGCACCGUAAAACGACUCAUUUACACAGCCUCUGUGGCUGCUGCAUCACCAAUCAAAGACUCUGGAAUUGGCUUCCAAAAAUAUAUGGACGAGUCCUGCUGGACUCCUCUCAAUCUCUUAUAUCCUCUUGCCAAUCAAACAUUGAUGGAUUAUACACACUCAAAGACCCUUUCUGAGAAAGAAGUGCUGAGGCACAUUAGCAGUGAGCUUGAAGUAGUCAGCAUUGCCUGUGGCCUUGUGGGAGGGGACACCCUUCUCUCUGUUAUGCCUGAAAGCAUGGGGGUGCUCAUUUCGCAAAUUGCAAGCGAUAAAAGGAGGUACCAAACUCUGAGAUUCUUGGAGGACUUGUUGGGUAAAGUUCCAAUUGUGCACAUUGAAGAUGUUUGUGAGGCACACAUACUAUGCAUAGAGAAGUCCUGCAUCAGUGGCAGAUUUCUAUGUGCCAGUGCAUAUUUGUCAUCUGCAGAAAUAGCAUCUCACUGGAAAACAUAUUACCCAGAUAUCAGAAUAGCUGAAGAGUUUGUGGAAGAUUUAGGGAGAGAAAUUGUUUGGGGUUCCACAGAGCUAGAGAAAAUCGGAUUCGAGUACAAAUUUGAUGCCAAGGUGAUAUUGGAUGAGACUCUAAAGUGGGCACAGAAGAUGGGCGAGUUUGGUUCCAGCCAAGAAAUUAUUGUAUCCAAGUAAUGACCAUGCCAAACAAAGUGCUUGCCUUUGAUAAGUCUCUUGUGCCAGUUAAAAAGAUGAAGAUUUUAAUCUUAUUAUCUCAAGGAACACCAGCAGCACCACUGAUUUCAGAAUAUUGAAAAUCUAGAACAGUUUAAUUCGAUCAGGAAUGGAAUUUAAUUUCUUACAAUCAUCAGAACUAAUCCUCUUGGACCAAAGAAUUUACAAAUCAAUGGGACUGGAAGUGAGGAAAACAUAAACUAAAGACACACAUAGAAACAGUAACUAGCACACUACAUCUAGAAUUUAAAUACCUAGGCAGAGGAAAACUCUCUCUUCACAAGCAUCAUUUCCUUCUCUCUGCUUUUCUCUCUCUCUCUCUCUCUCUCUCUCUCUAAAGGGUAAGGGAAAGUUAUGACUCGUAAGCAAGACUUUCUGUGUUUUCAAAAUGGUGAAAAUCCAAAUCAUCAAGUGAGAAACCAAAAUCCCCAAUUGGUGAGUUGGU